UCACCCUGAGGGGGGCAAAAAAAAGUAUCCUCUUUGUGACUGUUCACUUUGUUCAGGCUUUGUAGGUGGUCAUCAAAUUGUUGUAAAUGAACAUUUAAGUUUGGAAAAGAUGAAUAACCUCCUAAGUCYAAGGUUUAAAGAAAAGUAUGACACCUGUCAAGUUUUCCAGUCCAAGCUGAAUUUGAUGGGCUCCAGAGUCAAGCCAAAUUUGAUGGGUUCCAGAGUCAUCCUGAUUACUUCAUCAUCCUCUUAAAAAGAAAAAAAAAUGAUGCAACAAGAGUAGAGAAGCCAGCAAAUUACCUAAGAUGUGAGAAAUCCUCCCGUAGUGAAAUAAAAYCUUGUUUUCAAAAUGGACCGAAGUAAGCGGAACUCAAUAGCGGGAUUUCCACCACGCUUGGAGCGCACUGAAGACUUUGAUGGUGGCACUGGAGAAGGGACUGCAUCGCAGAUAGGAAGAGUUUGUACCUCUUCAUACAGAGCCCUGAUAAGUGCCUUUUCCAGACUUACUCGUCUUGAUGACUUCACAUGUGAGAAAAUUGGCUCUGGAUUCUUCUCUGAGGUGUUCAAGGUAAGGCACAGAACUUCAGACCAGGUAAUGGCYUUGAAGAUGAACACACUGAACAGCAACAGAGCAAACAUGCUGAAAGAGGUUCARCUUAUGAAUAGACUCUCACAUCCGAACAUCUUAAGGUUUAUGGGUGUCUGUGUGCAUAAAGGACAGCUGCACGCUCUUACUGAGUACAUCAAUUGUGGUAACCUGGAACAGCUACUAGAUGGUAACCAGCAUCUGCCCUGGACAGUGAGGGUGAAACUGGCAUAUGACAUUGCUAUGGGGAUCAGUUAUCUUCACUAUAAAGGCAUUUUCCACCGAGACCUUACAUCCAAGAACUGCUUAAUAAAACAUGAUGAGAAUGGAUACUCGGCAAUAGUUGGAGACUUUGGUUUAGCAGAAAAAAUUCCUGAUCACAGUGAGAAGUUACCAGUUGUGGGUUCACCCUUCUGGAUGGCACCAGAAGUUCUCAGAGAUGAGCCCUAUAAUGAAAAGGCAGAUGUGUUCUCCUAUGGCAUAAUUCURUGUGAGAUUAUAGCAAGAAUACAGGCAGACCCAGACUAUCUCCCUCGCACAGAGAAUUUUGGAUUAGAUUAUGAUUCCUUCCAGCACAUGGUGGGAGACUGUCCUCCUGACUUCCUCCAGCUGGCCUUCAACUGCUGUAACAUGGAUCCAAAGUUGCGUCCUUCUUUUGCUGAUAUUGUCAAAACACUGGAGGAAAUGUUAAACCGCCUGAGAAAUGAGGACUCAGAGAGAGACAGAAAGUUCUUGAACCUAGACAACAGUGAAAGAAAACCAAAAGGAGCAAUUGACAAAGGACCAGGAGUAAAACGUUUGAGUUCCUUGGAUGAUAAGAUCCCACCCAAGUCACCCCGUCCACGUCGGAAUAUCUGGUUGUCCCGCAGCCAGUCGGAUAUCUUCUCCCGCAAGCCUUCCAGGAAAAUAAAUGUGCAGGACCCCUACUACACACCAAGCAAAGGCUUGGGCCGGAAAGUUAAUCCCUUCAGUGCCCGGGAGGACCUCAAGGGGGGAAAGAUCAAAUUCUUUGACAUGCCAAGCAAGUCUGUGAUUUCCCUCGUGUUUGACUUGCAUUCUCCAGAGRCAGGUGGAGGCCUGAAAGCCAGCCAGUCCCAGUUCCGGCAGGCAUAUAGCACAGACUGGCAAGAACCUUCCCUUCUUCCUGGGAGGAGAUGCAGAUCACUUCCAGUCUCCCCUGAAUUACCGCACAAGGAAUAUGGCCUAUUUGGGGGACUGUCUUCAACUGUUGGCAGGUGUGACCCAGCCCAGUUAGGUGCAGAAGUUCGGCARAAACUCUUGAGUAGCACUAAAUAUGGUGUGUCAGAGAUACCCCCCUUUCACGCCAAGCCUCACAGACCAGAGUUUCUUCUUGCACCAGGACAAGAAGAGGAUAUGGACUGUUCAGAUGGGCCAAUGGUCCAGGAGGAAAAUGGSUUUUGCCCUGUUGAGACCACGUGUGGAGAUUUGGCAUGUGAUCARCCAUUAGUGCUGGCCCAGUCUGGACCACUAUCUUACAAAAACCUCACAGYUGAGAAUUCAGUGAACUCUGAAGGACAUGACUCCCCACAAGUGUUUGCAGGUUGUCUCCCUUCUGAAGAGAUGGAGGUAGAAGAUGAUCUUCUGAAAAUUACUCUAUUAGAGUCUACAAAGCCUCUGUUCAGUGUUAGUCCUUCCACUGAGCUGAAGAGAGAGGCAUGGCCCUUCAGGGAGCAGGAUGGGGACAGUCCUGCUCUGUUGUCUCAGACCUCCCCCAACAUCUCAGCGACUGGCAGCACAAAGUCAACUUGUGACAUAUGAAAAGAGGGCUCAAACUGAAUGUGUCCUUGAGGGAACAGUUGUUCCCAGUUGCUUAAACUCUUUUUUCUGCAGUGCUGGGCUUCACAUUUGUAAGAUUCAACGGAUGGUAGAAGCUGGCUGUCAGCUGCAGACAGUGUCUGAGGAGACAUUUUAUAAAACUUUAAUUCAAAUUGUGCUUAUUCCCUUUCCUGAUUUGCAUUAGGAGGGGGAACUACUCCAGCCUGAAUGGCCAUUGUGGGUCCCACAACCCUUCCAAGAGGCAGCAGCCAGAGCAGGCACCAUGUAAACAGUUUGACCUGAAUUUCCAGCAUGGGGCAUUUUAAGGUCUUAAGCUCCACAUAGAGUAGAAAGAAUGACCCUUAGAUUUUUCUCUCUUCCUCUGACUGACCAGUUCCUCUAAGCCACAGCAGAUUUUUCAUUAACAUUCUGCAUCAGUGCACGUGAGUUGGAGCCUCUGUUUUAGAAACAGGCACAGAAGUUUUUCCAAGCUAUGUUGAGCAGAUAGGAAUGCUCUCUGGUUCCAGAGCUGCUUUGAAUGCUGUUGUAGCAUUAAACAAGCUCUUCUUUCAAAAGCAGCAAAAACAAAACCCCUCAUGCUGGUCACAAUCUGCAGGCUGAGUCACAUGACAAGUACUUUGCAAUUAACAAGAAGAAUCUGUUCCCUGGUGUUUCAGUUUCCCUUGGGAUUUAGUAAUGAUGUUUAAUACAUUUGUGCAGGGAAGCUCUCUUCCUUGUACAGCUCCUUAUGUACCUCAGACCAAAUGUGCAGGAAGAUUUGCCCAGGGCCCAGAGAGGCAUAUUCCAGGCAUUGCCUUUUCUAGGCUUCUGAGGAAACUGCCCCUGAAAGUACCAGCUGUACUGAGCUUUUGGCAGGGGUGGGCUCUUAUCYCUGAAGAGCUGAGUGGACAUUAUGAUCUGUUUUUGCAGAAUAGUUAAAUGCUGUAGUUACAUCACAACUGACUAUUAGCUCUAAGCUAUUAGGGUCACAUUCACUUCCCUCACUGGUACAAGAUCCUAUCUGACUGAUUUCACUGCAGUAAUGAUGGCUCCUCACCAGCCUGCUUAACAGAAGRCAGGGAUCUCCUGCUCAGGGGAAGUUGCCAGCAGUGUUGUAGCCCCACAAGUACUCUUGGAGAGGACAACUCACAGGAGGGCUUUGAAUUGGCAAACUGAAAAAAAAUUAGCUUGUCCCAAAUUGACUUUUUAUUUCCAUUACAGAAAGAAGCUGCUAUCUUUAUUGGCUUCUCCUGUCACUGAAUAGGAUGAUCUUUUUAUUUAUUUAUUUUUUUUACUUCCCUCCACCRGCAGGUACCUGUGAAAGGAGCAACAUGAGCUUUAAUGCUUUUUGCUGGAACCAGCAUCAGUGAUCCCUGUUUUGGGAUGUAAUGUAUGGAAAAGCUUGUUCUGUGACUUUUGUGCAACAUCCUGCCCUUUUCCACUAUCRUCAUCCCAAAACCAUGGGAUUUUUAAAAUUUUAUUUAUGCGGUUUUUUAACCUAUAUGAUCAUUCCUAAGUGAGGUAAAACAUUGCACACCUGCUGAGCAGAUGGUGAUGCAGGAGAAUCCAGAAUUUCAUCCARGUAGCCUGUUACACUCUUCCUGCUCUCUUGUAAGGAUGGAUGCUGUAAAAUAAUCUCUGAUGGAAGCCAGAUUAUUUCUACUCUUCUCCCAUCUCAAAGAACGGAUGGAGAAAGCCUUAGUUCUUUCUUGGCUGGGGUGUGUAUCUUUCCAGAGGUGUAGGUAGUAGCUAUUCUGUGAGUUACAGCUAUGACUUCCUCUAGUGAAGUGUGUGUUCACYUGAGCAGUUCUCCAUUUGCCGUGGCUGCCAUGAAUGAACUGAGAAACCUGGUGUUGCUGARUUACUUAAUACAGUCCAUGCCAGAUUAGACAGCUAUUGGCAGUUUGAAAGAAAAUGCCUGUGCUCACUAAGAUCACCCCUUUUGGCCCAUACCUCUCUGCCUCUUGAAGGUGCUGAUCUGUAGAGUAGUCUCUGUCUUCUGUAUAGUGUCUGCAGAGUGCAGAGCAGCUUGUAUGCCUGGCACUGCGUAACUUCGAGGACAGAGAAACACCAGAACUCAAUUGCCAGUGAGUUGCCUGCCUGGUGCCUGCUUGCUCUUGCUUUUUUUUUU